AUAUCUUUAUUUCUUUGGAAGUCGAGAUGCUGAAAAGAAAGCCUUACGCUUUUGGCUCUCUCUCUCUCUCUCUCUCUCUCUCUCACGCACAUGCUAAUAUCUACACAUUUAAUUUAAUUUAUUAAUUAUUAUCCAUUUGAAAUAACUCCUUGUUCCUCAGGAAAGUAGAAACCAUAGAUACAACGGGAAGAAGAAGCAUAAUAUAGUAGUAGUAAUUAGUCAUUGAAGCACUAUGUUUUCUCCCUCUACACCCUUCCCUUCUAGAAUUCUUCAUUCCCCUUCAGUUACUUCUUGGUCUUCUAGUUUUGCUGCUCAGUAUUUUCCUACCUCAGUUCUUUUGCAAGAGCAUCGCGAUGAGUAUAAGCCUCUACUUCAUGUGUCUAAAGAAGACAAGACAUCCCAGGCAACCAUGAAUACAAGGGUAAUGGAUGUGGCCUCAGUUCGGGAGAAAAACAACACUGGGGAUGUUGAUGAGUCGGUGCAUAACUGUAUGCGGCAGUUGCACCUUCGGUGUCAUUUACAGAACUUAUUGGCUUCUUCGGCGACAGAGGAUUUUGGCACUUCUUCUUCAACUACGCAACCUGCUGAUGGUUUCCAGUGGAAUGCACUUUCUCUUGCUAAGCAAGCUCUGUCUGCCUCAAAACAAGCAGCUGCAGCGGCUGAAGAGUUGAAAUUGAUUGAGGUUGAUGACAAUAGUGAUGAUCCACUACCUCUGGGUCUGGCCUCCACAAGUUUAGCCCACUCUUCACUUGGAAAGAAUAAAAUUGUGAGGUCAACACGGCUUAAAGAAAGGCGAUCUAAACAGAGAAAAGUGUCAAAGUCAAAAGUUCUUGAUGAAGAAAAGUACCUAACCAGAAAGUUUGAUGUACAGAGAAGGUUACGAAUAGAGAAAAAGUUAAAAGAAGGGCUUGAGGGAAAUGACCCCCUGCGCUUGUUCUUAUGGGGCCCUGAAACAAAGCGACUUUUGAACCUUGAAGAAGAGUCUAAAUUGAUUGCUCAGAUACAGGAUUUACUUAGAUUGAAAGAAACAAACAUCAAGCUUCAGUCUCAGUUUGGGAGGGAACCAACUUUGGCUGAAUGGGCAGAUGGCGUGGGCCUUAGCUGUCGUGCCCUUCAGGCACGGCUUCAUUGUGGUAACAGAAGCAAAGAUAAGCUGAUUAAUGCCAACUUACGCCUGGUAGUUCACAUAGCUAAAUAUUAUCAGGGGCGUGGUCUCAGUCUUCAGGACUUAUUGCAGGAGGGAAGUAUGGGUCUUAUGAGGGGUGUUGAAAAGUUCAAACCCAAAGCUGGUUGCCGGUUCAGUACUUAUGCUUACUGGUGGAUAAGGCAAACAAUAAGGAGGGCCUUAUUUCUGCAUUCCAAAACAAUCCGUCUACCGGAGAAUUUCUACACCCUUUUGGGCAAGGUUACGGAAGCAAAGAAAUCAUACAUUAAAGAAGGAAAUCUUCAUCCCACCAAAGAAGAAAUAGCAAGGCAAGUAGGAAUUACAGUAGAUAAGUUGGAAAUGUUGCUAUUUACUGCAAGAACACCACUUUCAAUGGAGCGAGCUGUGUGGGCAGAUCAGGAUACAACUUUCCAGGAGAUUACUGCAGACUCUGCAAUUGAAAUCCCAAAUGUAUCUGUUGCGAAACAACUAAUGAGGAGCCACGUACGCAACCUUUUAAAUGUGUUGAACCCAAAAGAAAGGAGGGUAAUAAGGCUGAGAUUUGGGAUUGAAGACGGCUACGAAAAAUCUUUGUCAGAUAUUGGCAAGGUGUUGGGUGUUUGUAAGGAAAGGGUCAGGCAAUUGGAGAGCCAAGGAUUGAACAAGCUCAAGCAGAACCUUGUUAGUCAACAGCUUGAUGCAUACGUAGACUUGAUUGUAUAAUUGGUGAAUGCAUACACCAAGGUUGUGCAAUUGUAUUGAUUAUAUGGUAGAUAUCAAAUUUUAUAUUAUGAAUAUUUGAUUAUUUAGAUA